CAAAAUCAGACAGACUACCCAGGUAUCGCGGUCAGCACAUGUGCAGGGACGAUCUCUGCUCCACAGCCUGCUGCAGCAAAUAGACUAUGCCGAGCGGAUCAGGCGACUGCCCGCCCGACAAAGUUCAAACAUGGGGUCUUCCGCCAGCUGAACUCGCCAAAGUUGUACCGUCCCCGAGUUGAGACAGUACGCGGUAGAAUACCACGGACUUGGACAUACUGUAUCCACGCCCAAAGAUAUUGUUCAGAGACAGCCGACCGUGGAAAAUCUUUCAGACAAAGAAACAUCCAGUUCCUUUGCAAUGAGCAAAAUGCCCUCCUCGAAGGGCGUCAAUGUUUGGUCAAUCUUCCAGUCUCGCUUCUAUCAACCUAUUGCGGAACAGACUGAACACUCGCCUCUCUGCUCGACUUGUGAGAAACCAGCCUCUUCUCAUCCUGCACGACUGCUCUUGCUGGCGGUGGCCUUGGGGUUCAUCGGUCUCCUUCUCGGUGGAUAUGCGCUCUUCGGACUCGACUCUUGCCGUCUCGGCUCGAGACCUCAAGUUCAGUUCAUACCCACUCCUACUUUCAGUCGAAUGUUUUUGCAAGACCCCCGAUUUGUGGACUCCGAUCCCCACGAUGGGUUUUGGAAUUUCGAGGGCAACUCUGCAGAGCCGGCCACACCAUGGGACGAGAUAUUCGCCGGUGCCUGGAUUGAGAUUGCACACCCUACCAAGUAUGGUCUAAAGGGGGGCCUACCCAUGAACAAAUUCUAUUACGACAACGUGUCACCGGAAAGUGAAGCUUAUGUACCCUCCGUUUUUCACCAAAUUCACUGUGUUGGCGAGAUCAAGCAUGCAAUCAUCGAACUCCAGAACGGCAGACAACUGCCAGCCAGUGAGCAUGUAAACCACUGUAUAGAAUACUUGCGUCAGGCAGUUAUGUGCUCUGGUGAUCUAACUCUUGAAACACCAUCAUAUGUUGGAGAUGUCGCAUGGACGCGUCCAAACGGAUGGGGCGUCGUACAUCAAUGUCGAGAUCUGUCAGAGCUCUAUGCAUUCCCACAAGCUAACUUCUCCUCUGCUAUUUCAACAUCUACAGGGUGAUGAAAAGCCACAUCAGAAAGGGUCUGUUAAUCCUAAGAGAUUAUGAUGGACAUUUGGCAGUAGGCUGUUCUAUCUAAGUUUGCAGUGAGGUUGUUUCAAUUGAACAUGAUGUCGAUUAGGCCUCCACUUUAUGUGCUAGAUACCUAGGUACAGUACAGACAAUAUAAUUAUUUUUGGAAUGCA